GGUAUUAGUGGGAAAGUGUGGGGAGGACACAGGUGGGUAUAUAAGGUCACACGCUGCAUUGCCCGCCGCCACAGUUGUUGAGGACUCGUGAGAGUGCAACAUUCGCAACACUUCACUACGUCUCCUAAGUGUUUCAACAUUUCUCAGUGCUUUGUGUAGAGGCAGAAGUCGUUGUAACGACAAGAUGGUUGGCACCAAGACGACCAAGACUGUUACAGUGCAGAAGCGCGGCACCUUCAGUGAUGACCCAUUCUUCAAAGACUCAUGGCAGGAGUGGGACCAAGCAAUGAAGAACGUGGUAGACCGCUGGGAGAACACUGGCAACACCACCAGCACCACUACAACCACCACAACUACCAAACCAGCUCAGAGACCAGCACUGUCUAUCGCCAGAUCCGCUCUUCUAAUGUCACUUCCGACGAUUCACAGGCUGUCUCCUGCACCGAAGAGGACGACAAGUACAAAAUGAUGAUCGACGUGAAAGACUUCAAACCUGAGGACAUCAACGUAAAGAUUGUGGACGACACAGUGGUGGUGGAGGGAAAGAUAGAGAAGAAGGAAGGAAACGCUAUCUCUACACAGAUGUUUACCCGUCGCUUUAUGCUUCCUCCCAUAGUCAACCUCAAUGCUGUGUCAUCUGCUCUCUCCCGGGAUGGUGUCCUCACCAUCAAUGCUCCCAAGCUUGCUAGCCAUGUUACGUCGGGUCAGCGUAGCAUCCCUAUUACUGGAGGCCACAAGAACAGCGCUUCUACCAGCAGGACUUCCAGUAACCCUAGGUCAUCACCUCAGCGGGACACAUUCUCCUCGGACACGUCAGAUAAACGCAAUGGGGCUGAUAAACGCUACCUGUCCCACACUCCCUUACACGAAAAUAGAGCGAAGAACACCUCACACACGCCGCUCCACACCGAGGUGGUAGAACAUUCUUCAGAUCAUUGGUCCUCAUUCAACGAUAUGGUGGAAAAGUCUCAACGAGAGAUGGAAGAUAUGAUGCGUCGCCAUUCACUGAAGUCUGGAAUGGAACCAGCGACGUCGCCUCCUUCGAUGUCCACAAGUCUAGACAUUUCUACACCCUCCAGUGCUUUGGCUCGCCCUCCUGCAGGAGUAUCUACUAGCCGUGACGUUAUCACCACCGGUAAAAACGUAACAGAACGCGAAGAGAAACGUUGGGAGGAUAAACCUGCACCAGGCGUCACACGUACUAAUCGUGUGUUAAAGGAAAACACAGAGUUGAAGGGUACAGAUGGUUCUGUAGUGGGUAGCAAGACACGCUCUGAGCAGGAGAGUCAUGCUGAGGGAUCCAACGAGGAAGUGCUUCCAGACGGAACCAAAAAGCGAACCUUUACCAAAAAUUACGAGACACGCAAGGUGUACAGCUUUAACACGAGCGACCCAAAGGCCUUGUGAGUAAGUUUAUUUAAAAUAAUAAUGAUGUCAACGCUGCCAGUGUGAGUGUUGACCCAGAAGUGGACGUUUAGCAUACAUGAAAGAAUCAGCGUGCUGGGUUGUGGCUACUGAUUGGUAAGAUAAGUUUUAUUUAGGUUCACUUCAUUGGGUUUUAAAGAAUGGUUAUACAAUCUUGCAAUAAACACGUACAUAAUAGUAAUAGGCAUAGAAAGGUGGUAAAAUAUGCAGAUUUAACCUAAGAUAACCCCCCAAAGUCGGUGCGCAUUAUUGCUGCUGCUGCUGCCACACUUACCGGGCUUUAAUUAUAUUGCCUCUUUUGCUCCCGAACACAAUAAAUAUAUUUAUUUGGUGUAUUUCUAAUUGUUUAAAGUUCUGCCAUGAUUUUUUUCAUCUAUAAAGCUUUUGGUAUAUUUAUACAAAAGAAUUCAAUGGGAAAUAUUGUAAAUUGUCCAUUAAUGUACAUUGUGUAUCAAAUUCUAUGUUAUUUUUAUAUAAAAUAAAAUACGAC